AUGAAACUAAUAGGAAAACAUAUUGAAAAAGAUCGUUCGGGUUGUGUUACACUUUGUCCUGAGGAAAUGGAAGAUAUGUGGCAUGUUUAUAAUUUAAUUACAGUUGGUGAUAAACUUAAAGCAACAACAUUACGCCGAGUUCAAAGAGAAAAUUCAACUGGUACAGUUGAUUCUCAACGUAUAAGAUUAACUUUGGGAAUAUCAGUAAACAACAUUGAUUUUGAUCCACAAGGAGGAAUUUUAAGAAUCAGAGGUCGAGUAAUAUUAGAAAAUAAACAUGUUAAAAUGGGAUCAUAUCAUACGAUCGAUCUUGAAUUGAAUCGAAAUUUUACUUUAGCAAAACCUGAAUGGGAUGUAAUUUCAUUGGAACGUAUCCAAGAAGCAUGCGAUAUUACGAAGCAAGCUGAUAUUGCUGCAAUAGUUUUGCAAGAAGGAUUGGCAAAUAUAUGUUUGGUAACUCAAAAUAUGACUAUUGUAAGGCAACGCAUUGAACAAUCAAUUCCACGUAAAAGAAAUGGCCACAUAAAAAAUUAUGAAAAAGGCUUAACAAAAUUUUUUGAGCAAGUUAUGCAAGGCAUCGAACGACAUAUAAGUUUUGAUGUGGUAAAAGUUGUUAUAAUAGCUAGUCCGGGAUUUGUCAAGGAUCAACUUUAUGAAUAUGUUUUUGCUGAGGCUGUGAAACAAGAUAAAAGACAAUUAAUUGAAAAUCGAUCAAAAUUUAUACUUGUACAUUGUUCAUCAGGUCAUAAACAUGCGCUUCAAGAAGUAUUACAAGAUUCAGCAAUCCAAGGUCAACUUGCUAACACAAAGUAUGCUCAAGAAGUAACAGCUCUUGACAAGUUUUAUAAAAUGCUUAAUGAAGAUCCUGAUAGAGCUUUCUAUGGAUGGAAACAUGUUAAAAAAGCAGAAGAAAGAGGCGCAAUUGGAACUUUAUUACUUUCUGAUGAACUAUUUAGAGCUGCUAAUAUUCAAACUCGGAGAAAGUAUAUUAGUCUUGUUGGAUCAGUCCGUUCAACAGGUGGUAAAGUACUUAUAUUUUCUAGUUUACAUAUAUCAGGAGAACAUCGUUUAAAGAUAGGCUUGAAAAAUCUUCAGAAAAUAUCGCCACGCAAGAUCAAAUCACCAGCUAACCAACCACGUAGGGCAAGCGUAGCCAUAAUAAUUCGUAUUAGGCCAACAAUAAUUAAUUCUUUUGAAACAUUUUCCAGUGACACCAAUGAUAACGAUAUCAUUGAAUAUGAAGGAAAUGGAAAAGAAGAUUUAUCUGUUGUAAUAGAAGAGUUUUUUAAUUUAACAUGGGUUAGAAGGGGAACACCAGAAAUUAUAUAUAUUAAAAGAAGUUUAAGGGAUGGAGACAGAUGGUCGGGGCAAAUAGCUUUUCCUGGAGGUAAACAAGACCCAGAUGAUUUAGACGAUUUGGAUACAGCAAUAAGAGAGACAUCAGAAGAAAUUGGAAUAGAUCUUGAAAAUGACAAAUCAUUUGCAUAUAUUGGUGCAUUAGAUGAUAGAGAGGUAACAUCAACUUUGGGAGGAAAAUUAUUAAUGACUCUUUCAUGUUUUGUAUUUUUACAAAUAACACAUAUUACACCACCUACAGAAAUUUCAGGAUCAGAGAUAUCAUCUAUUCAUUCUAUACCAUUAUCAAUAUUCUUUGAUCCUAUUUAUACACAAAGAUGGAAUCCAGUAUCAAUAGAUCUUUCCUUAGGAUUAUCUAAAUCAAGACCAAUCAAGUUCAUAUUAUCAUUUUUAUUAGGCAAGGUUCAUUUUAAUUCAAUAAUUUUACCAAAUAACAACAAUGAUGAUAAUAACAACAAUGGUGAAGGAGAGGGUGAUGACAGUUUAAGAUUAUGGGGAUUAACAUUACAGAUGACAAGCGAUUUGAUAGAUUUAAUGUAUAAAGAGGAUGAAAUACCAUCGAGAAGAUUGGAUGCAACAAGACCAAGAUUUGAUUAUUUAGAUUUAAAUAUAUUUGUUUGGUGGCUUUUAAAAUCAAACAGGAAUAAAUAUAAAGAAGAGCAAUCAAAUUUAAUCACUAGAAGAAGAGUAUGGGCAAAUGGAUGGAAUGAUUAUUAUAAGUCAAUACAAAAAUCAAUAAUUGUUAUAAUUCUCACUAGAUCGAUGAUUGGUUUAUGGUUUAUAAGAAAAAAUAUUUAUUGA